AUGGUCAACUCGCUGCUGUUCGGGGAGAUGGCCUUGGCCUUCGGCUGCCCGCCGGGGGGCGGCGGCUGCGCAAGCGGCGGCGGUGGUGGCGGGGCCGGGCCGGGGCCCUCGCCAGUAACGGCGGCGCUGCGGGACGAUCUGGGUUCCAACAUCCAUCUCCUCAAGGGGCUCAACGUGCGUUUCCGCUGCUUCUUGGCCAAGGUGCACGAGCUGGAGCGGCGCAACCGGCUCCUGGAGAAACAGCUGGAGCAGCAGCAGAGCGAGCGCGAUCGGCGGCUGCGGUACAAGACCUUCUCCCGGGAGCAGGCCGUACAGACCGGGCCCGACCUGCUGCGACCGCCGGCUGCGGGCGGCGGGCAGGCCCUCGGCGCGGCCACCGGCGUCAACGCCAACGCGGUGGCCCUGGGCGGCCUUCCCCCCGGCGGCGGCUCGCACCCGCAGCACUACGGUCGCCUGCCCGGGACCAUCUGGAGCUACACGCAGGUGCGGCGCACGGGAGGCGGCGGCGUGGAGACGGUGCAGGGCCCCGGCGUGUCGUGGGUGCACCCGGACGGCGUAGGCGUGCAGAUUGACACCAUCACGCCAGAGAUCCGCGCUCUCUACAACGUGCUGGCCAAGGUGAAGCGAGAGCGUGACGAGUACAAACGGAGAUGGGAGGAAGAGCUGGCCAAGAGUAUGAACCUUCAGACCAUGGUGGACACGCUGCAGGAGGCAGCGCAAGAGGCCGAGGCCAUCCAGGAGGAGAUGAACGAGAAGAUUGAGCGGCUCAAAGCUGAGCUGGUGGUGUUCAAAGGGCUCAUGAGUGACCCCAUGACAGACCUGGACACAAAGAUCCAAGAAAAGGCUAUGAAGGUGGACAUGGACAUCUGCCGCCGAAUCGAUAUCACGGCCAAGCUGUGCGAUGUCGCACAGCAGCGGAACUCGGAAGACGUGUCCAAGAUCUUCCAGGUGGUCCCUAAGAAGAAGGAUCGUAAGGUGGCUUCGGAUGAUGACGUCUCCGAGCAGGACGGGGAGGUGAACCGGUUCUCAGACGAGGAGGUCGGCUCCAUGAACAUCACUGAUGAGAUGAAGCGCAUGUUUAACCAGCUGCGGGAGACCUUUGACUUUGAUGACGACUGUGACAGCCUGACAUGGGAAGAGAAUGAAGACACACUGCUGCUAUGGGAGGACUUUACCAACUGUAACCCAACCAUUGACCUGCAGGGCGAGCAAGAAGAAAACUUGGGCAACUUGAUCCAUGAGACUGAAUCCUUCUUCAAGACGAGAGACAAGGAGUACCAGGAGACGAUUGGCCAGAUCGAGCUGGAGCUGGCCACAGCCAAGAGCGACAUGAACCGGCACCUGCAUGAGUAUAUGGAGAUGUGCAGCAUGAAGCGAGGCCUGGAUGUGCAAAUGGAGACCUGCCGCCGGCUCAUCAAAGGCUCUGCAGACAGGAAUUCACCAUCCCCCAGCUCCGUGGCCAGCAGUGACUCAGGAAGUACAGACGAGAUCCAGGACGACCUGGAGCGGGAGGCCGAUGUGGAACCCAUGGUCAGCUGAUGACCGAGGCCCGACGCUCCUGGUGGUCUUGGUGACGGGAGCCCAGCCUCUUCUCCCCACUGAGCCACGAGGGCUCCUCGACUUGGGCUCCAGUCCUCGACACACAGACUUCUGUCCUCCCUUUUCCGGAGGCCCAGCGGGACCGCUGCUUCCUUCCUUCCUCCACCACCCACCCAAGGAAUGGUGCUGUCGAUUUUUCUAUUGUCCCCUCCCCCCAAUACCACAAACGCAGACUUCUGUGCGUCGAUGCAGUGCAACUGUGCCUUCUCCCUUAAGCUGAGCCACUUUGAGCUCCAAAGAAUUCUUCCUAGCAGGUGUUUUUUAUACAAAACUCUAAGGUGAGGGUGGGGCCUGGGGCGUGGUUUCUUUUGGUUUUCUCCCUCCCACCUGCUCCUCUGAUUGGACAUGAGCUUUGCUCCCUCCCUCUGUCCCAAGAUGACUUGCGGGGGAUCUGCCUUCCCGAGGAAGGAGACUACCUCCAGAUCUGAGUGAGGAGACGUCCUUGAUACGUUCUCGUCCAGUAAUAGAGCGGUGGAUGGAAGGGGAGGGAGGGAAGACCAAUUUUUUCCCCCUUCUUUUGGAUCUAGUGGCGAUGUGUCGGGGAAAGGCACUGUGGGGGAAGGAAGAGCCUCACUGUGUUUAAACUAUGCAAAAAACAAACAAACAAAAAAACAAACAAAAAACUAAAAGCAGCUUGCCUUAUAUCAUUGGGGAAGGCAGGCCCUCUCUCAGACUUCUGGGAACUGGGAGGGAGGCCAAGGUUAGCAUGAGACCCUCAUAGCCUCUGAGGGUGAGCGGUGGAUUUGGGGGUGAUCCGAGUCAGAUCGCUAGCGAGGCCUGCUUGCAUUCUGCAAGUUGGCCCACUGGACUGUUGGCUU